AUGUGUAGGCUGGGGAUGAGGGGGGUGUAGCCGGGGGCUCAACUGUUCUAACCCCACCUCCAGAGGAGUGAGUGUGGGAGCAGAAGUUCCUCUCUCUACCGGCUCCUGCAGUCUCCGGCUGAGCCUCCGUCCCGCUGCAGAGCCCGGACAUUUUAGCAUCAUGGAGCUCCGUUAUGCGCUCCUACUGUCCUGCCUGGUUGUCCCACUGUGCGCUGCGGACACUAAUCUGAGCAGUCACUUUGUUUUGGAGCCCUAUGACUUCCUCUUCGAUACGGCGGUGGAAGCCUACUACAAGGGGGACUGGUUGACGGUGAUCCUGAACAUGGAGAAGGCGCUCAGGAACAAAGCUACGGUCCGCAGCGUGAAGGCUCAGUGCCGGAUGAGCUGCGCCAACCGGACCUCUUUCGGCGACCGGCUGGCCGGCUUGGGAGUUCCCAUACCGGGAUCCGGAUCUGUGGAGGAUCUGGGAUUCUUCCAGAAAAUCCUGAAACGGGCGGACUGCGUUAACUCCUGCGAAACUGAGAAACUCGGUUCACCAACUAUGCACCAAGUCACCGGAGAAGUGCAGCUGGAGUUCAGCAAGAGGACCCCGUACAAUUACUUACAAGUGGCUUAUUUUAAGAUCAAUAAGCUGGACAAGGCGGUGGCAGCUGCCCACACGUUCUACCAGGCCAACCCGGAUCACAUGGAGAUGAGACAGAACCUGGAGUACUACAGGAUGAUGGCGGGAGUAAAGGAAGAGGACUUCAAAGAUUUGGAGGCCAGGACACAUAUGGCCGAGUUCCUGCUGGGGAAGAGUUACUACAGCGACGACUCUUUCGGCCUGGCGGCUAAACACUUCGAGGUGGCCGUAGACGAGUACUUCACCGCCGAUAAGGAGUGCAGAGCGCUGUGCGAGGGGGCCUACAACUACGACGGAUACAACUACAUGGAGUACAGUGCCGACCUGUUCCAGGCCAUGACGGACCACUACCUGCAGAUACUGAACUGUAAGCAGCACUGCGUGGUAGAGCUGGCCUCCACUGCAGGCAGAGACAAGCCCUUUGAGGACUUCCUCCCCUCACACUUCAACUACCUGCAGUUCUCCUACUACAACAGUGAGAAAUAUGAGCAGGCCAUAGAGUGUGCUAGGACCUUCCUGUUGUUCCACCCUGACGACGAGGUGAUGAACCAGAACCUGGCCUAUUAUUCUGCCGUGCUGGGUGAAGACAAGGCAAAGACCAUAUCAGCCAGACAGGUGGUGAAACUGUACAUGCAGCAGUCCAUACUGGAAAAAGAGCUGCUCUACUUUGGAUAUGAAGCCUUCGGAGUCACCUUUGUAGAUCCAGACACAUGGACUCCUGAAGAUGUCAUGCCCAAGAAACUGAGAGACAAGCAGAAAGCCGACAGAGAGACUGCAGCGAGGAUCACAGAGGAAAUAGGAAACCUAAUGAAGGAGAUUGAGACUCUGGUUGAGGAGAAGAAGAAGGAUUCUUCAGAUAUUGCCAUGAUUAUAUCGCCACAGGAAGGUGUCAGUGUGUUGCAUGAUAACAUCAAGGUGACCAUGACGCCCCAGCAGCUGAACGGCUCUCAGCGGGUGCUGCUGGAUGGUGUGAUCAGUGAUGACGAGUGCAGGGAGCUGCAGCGCCUCUCCAAUGCAGCAGCUCUGAAAGGUGAUGGCUACAGGGGGCGCCCUUCCCCCCAUUCCCCCAGUGAGAUGUUCCAGGGAGUCACUGUCCUGAAGGCUGUGAAGCUCGGACAGGAGGGGAAGGUUCCACUGAAGAGCACUCGUCUGUUCUUCGACCUUAGUGAGAAGGUGAGGAAGGUGGUGGAGUCGUACUUCCACCUGGAAACUCCGCUCUACUUCUCUUACUCCCACCUGGUCUGCCGCUCCGCCAUCGAUGAGAAGCAGGAGGAACGCAAAGACCUGAGUCAUCCUGUUCAUGUUGACAACUGUCUGCUGGUCUCUGAGAUUAACGAGUGUAUAAAGGAACCUCCUGCGUACACACACAGAGACUACAGUGCCAUCCUCUAUCUGAAUGAUGACUUUGAAGGAGGAGAUUUCAUCUUCACUGAGCUGGAUGCUAAAACAGUCACGGCCGAGGUGCGUCCACAGUGCGGCCGUGUGGUCGGGUUCGGAGCGGGGAAGGAGAACCCCCACGGCGUCAGAGCCGUCACUAAGGGUCAGAGGUGCGCUGUGGCACUGUGGUUCACCCUGGAUCCUACUCACGAGGAAAAGGAGAGAAUCCAGGCUCAGGAUAUCCUGCAUAUGUUUUCUACCCCUGUAAAUGAAGAGUUCAUCAAAAGGGAGGUGACUGACACCUCCAAGCCCCAGCCGACAACCGCAGAGCCUCCUGUGCAGACUGAACAGGAAAAAGCGGACGACAAACAAGAAGAUAAACCAGCAGAGCAGAAGCUGGACGCACCAGCAGACGUGCAGGCCGAUAAACCAGCAGAGCAGAAGCUGGACGCACCAGCAGACGUGCAGGCCGAUAAACCAGCAGAGCAGAAGCUGGACGCACCAGCAGACGUGCAGGCUGAUAAACAAGCCGACUCACCGAAGGACAGAACGGAGGCCAAACCGGUCUCUAAAGCCAAAGCUGCUCCUAAAGCAACGACCAAAGCUGGAGCGCAAGUGAAGACCAAGACGGCAGACAAAGCCAAACCUGCUGCUAAAAAAGAUGGAAAACAGACGGUUAAAACACAAGCCAAGCAGGUAAAGGACGGCAAAAAAACGGCUGCAAAAAAGACGGUAAAAGUUGCAGCCAACAAGGACCCCAAGAAAGCUAAAGCCGAUGCCACGUCGGCCUCAGACUCUGAGAGCGACAGGGACGAGCUGUGAUCCAGCAGCAGCUGGAACUGUGUCUGUGUGGUGUCUAUUUUUCUACUAUUUUCUACAAGGUCUCCUCUGUGGGUGGUUGAAUGGAAAAGGAGUGAAAGGUUGAUUUCGUGAAAGGUUAUUUGUCUUUUAAUUAAUUGGUUAUUGUGGAGGAUGGAAUUGUGUUUAACAAAGUCAGCCAUAACUUAAAAAUACCAAGGGACUGCUGUUUCACUGCAGACAUACUGACAAUCUGCCAGAGUGCCUUCAUCACUGUGACCAUCUUUGUUUGGCAUCCAAAGCUUUGUGUAGCUGCUACAUUUGUUCAUCUCAGUUUCUAACCUGAAUUUUCUGUAGCUGUUGUUGGAACCAAGCACGGGUGGGUUAAAGAGGGAGGGGGAGGGUUAAUAUGUGAAGAAAAACUUAAAUCAGCUGUGUGAAUCAAUGAAAUAAAAGUGAUGUUUCUAAA